UUAUUCUUGCUGUCAUCGUGGUCUCACUACAGUGUGCUCUUUCGUACCCUUUCAGUGUUAACACUUUCUCAGGCGAACUUUUCUUUCUCCAAUUCGUCAAAAAUCUCUUUCGUCAGUACCCAAACUUAAUACUAACAAGUUAGUGUUGACAUUCGAAGGAAGACAUCGUCAUAGCAUCAAUUGAACAAGUUUACAAAAAGAAAGAUGAGAUUUGGAAAACUGAGAAUGGGACAUAAAAUAUCCCGUUGUCCUCCUGUGUACAGAAAAGAAAAAUCUCAACACCCUCCAAUUACAAUACGUCCAGUCAGCCGUGAUUUAAUGAUAAGUUACAGCCAUAGCAACAAGGAUUUUAUGCUAUACUUAAAAGAUACUCUGGAAAAGAACAACAUUAGUGUUUGGGUAGACACUGCUGAUAUAGGAGCUGGUGUUGACUUCCUUAAAAAAAUUGGACAAGCUAUCAUUGAGAGUAAAGUGUUCAUAUCUAUUGUCAGCGAAACUUCCAUUCAUUCCAAAUUCUGUAAAGAUGAAUUGUCCUUGGCAUAUAUAUCAAACAAAAGCAUUUUCCCUGUUAGCAUUUCUUCAGAUGAAAAUCUCCUUUCGGCUAUGGAUACUGGGAUGAGACUCAAGCUGGCAGGUAUGCAGUGGUAUAAAUUUCUUGAUAAGGAGAGGUAUCCAGAAACCAUGAACGAACUUUUGAGGGACAUAAAAGCUGUAUUAAAUUCCAUUAACAACAAGUCGAAUGCUGAAUCGAAGAGACCUCAGCGAUCAACUAAGAUUUACAACAAACAAAACCUUGAAACUCCUAUUGAUUAUUGGGAUAGAAAAUAUACAGAAAACCAAAUAGAUUGGAAUCAAUUUUGGUAUGAUUUGACCUGUGAUUAUCAAGGCUUGUUUAGCGCUUACACUCCUGAUGAUCAAAACUGGCUGAAAUCUAUCCUUCGGUGGGAGAUGCAUAUAACUCGUGAUGGGUGUCUUAAACGAGAUAAAUUUAUUGAAUUUUGCACUGUGGAUGGAAUAGUUUCAUCUUUGUGGCAAAGGAUAGAAGAGCAGGCACGGGAAAGUUAUGCUAUGAAAGAAGUAUUUAACAUAAAUUCUCAUGUCCGCGUAGAAGCCAUUGAAAAUCUUAGUAAAUUCAAAAGCCGAGAAGUUGUUGAUGCUUUAAUCUACUUAGUAACGAACGAUGAAGAACCAAAUGUUCGUACUGUUGCAGCCAUUUGUCUUGCCCAGACUGGUGCUAAUGAUGAUAUAACAAUUCAAGCAUUAAUAGAUGUUCUCGAAGACAAAGAUCGUUUAGUGAGAGAAGCUGGAUGUUUGGCACUUGGACGUUCACAAGCACACAAAGCUGUACCAACUCUAUUAGAAUUAUGGCGGAAUGAUGUCAUUGCCGAUGUUCGAACAGCUGCAGAAGUGGCCUUGCAACAGAUUGGCGGUGAUGAAGUAAAACAAGCAAUGCAUGUCACAAAAAUGUUGGGGAGAGAAAUACAUGAACUUACAAAACUCGCUGAGAAAGAAGCAUGAUACAGUUAUAUUGCCAAAUAUAUAAAAACUCAUUUAUUUAUUUAUUUAUUUAUCUUUUGUAAAUAAUCCUUGAAAUCACAAGGAAAAAAAAUAUCUUCAGAAAUUUCGAGCAAACUUCUGUCGGAUUUUAAAGAAAGGGAUGAAAUAAGCUCUUGAAUCGCAUUACAAAAAUUUACUUCUUUAUUGGAAUAUAUUCAAUAUUCUCUGCAAGGGGCUGAAGACAUGUUAAAGCGUUAUAUAUCACUUUUAAUUUAAUCAAGAAAUUUCUAUUUCUUUUUUUAAAGUAUUACCUCUGCAUUAACUUAUAAGUUGUGAGAGUUGUAUAUUUUACAUCUGGUAAAGUGGAAAUCUUUUAUAUCCUUUCACAUUAUCAGUUCAUAAAGAUGAAAUUAGAUGUAGUGUGAAAAAUGAAAUUUUUUAUUCAUGGUAUGUGUUUUUACACAAAUUUUUUUUUUUUUAAAUUCAUUUCUUAGUUUGUAGAAAAAAUAUAACUACAAACAUGAUGUGAUCAUUCUUUGUAUUUAUUUUAUUUACAAAAUGGAAGAAAUGACAUUAAAAGAAGUCAACAUUAUUGUUAUUAUUUGUCCUGUAAAUAAUUAAAAUUAACAUUUUGUAUAUAUAAAUAGUAAAUCCAAAUUCCAGCUGUGCUGGAACUACAUGUUUUUUACUACAUCUCUAACAAUCUAAAAGUGUUCUUAAAGCAACAGUUUAAGUAUAUUCAUUAAAAUGAUGUAAAAAAUACUACAAAAAUAUUAGCAUAUUUCUGUAGAAGAUACGAUAUAAAAAUAAAAAUAAAAAAUUUUUUCAUUAAAUCUCAAGAGUUGUGGAUUAGCAGAAUCAAUUAAAAUGGAGGAUAAGAUGCUGCCUUGCGGUAUUUAGUUGUCUGUAUAUGUUCUGAGUUCAAAUUCCACUAGAAUUAACUUUGUCUUUCAUUUGUCCAGAAUUGAUUAAAUAAAUUACCAGAAAAGAACAGUAGUCAAUAUAACUGACUGAAUCUCUCCCUAAAACUGUGUAGUCUUGUAUAGCCCUGCUUAACAAUUUAACAAUUCAUCAUUCAUGAAAUAUAUUUCAUUUUUAGAAG